AUGGAUUUUUUGAUAGAAUAAAUCACUCUGGAGGCAAAUCUGAUAAAAGAGAACAAUAAUUAGAAGAAAUGGUUGAAAAGACUGAGCAAUUAUCUAUAUAUUCAGGAAAGUGGGAUAAUAACUUAAUCAAUAAUUUAAUUUGUUAAUCAUAUCAGAAACAGUUUGAUAACAGUUGAAGGAAAAUUAAUCAAAUGA